GGCCAGUAGCAUGCACCAGACCCUCUGCGAGAUAGCAGUGAAAAAGAAAGACUGAUGUCCCAGCAUGAGGAGCAAGUCAUUCUAGUAACAUGGACAAGUACGAAAAGGUGAAAAAAAUUGGAGAAGGCUCAUUUGGAAAAGCCAUCCUUGUUAAAUCCAAAGAGGAUGGACAUCAGUAUGUCAUUAAGGAGAUUGGCAUAUCCGGAAUGUCUAAUAAGGAGAGGCAGGAAUCUCGGAGAGAGGUUGCUGUUCUUGCCAAUAUGAGUCAUCCCAACAUUGUCCAGUAUAAGGAGUCUUUUGAAGAGGGGGGUGCUCUGUAUAUUGUGAUGGACUACUGUGAGGGUGGAGAUCUUUUCAAAAAGAUAAACUCUCAGAAAGGAGUACUGUUCCCAGAAGAGCAAAUCCUGGACUGGUUUGCGCAGAUUUGCCUGGCACUGAAGCAUGUGCACGAUCAAAAAAUUCUUCACAGGGACAUAAAAUCACAGAAUAUAUUUUUGACUAAAGAUGGGACUGUACAGCUUGGAGACUUUGGCAUUGCAAGGGUCUUGAACAGCACAGUAGAGCUGGCGAGAACAUGCAUUGGAACGCCAUAUUACCUAUCACCUGAGAUUUGCGAAAAUAAACCGUACAACAACAAAAGUGAUAUUUGGGCCCUAGGGUGUGUCCUGUAUGAAAUGUGCACUCUUAAGCAUGCAUUUGAGGCUGGAAAUAUGAAGAACUUAGUCCUGAAGAUAAUUCGUGGCUCAUACCCUCCCGUGUCUGUCCACUAUUCCCAAGAACUGCGUUCUCUCUUGGCGCAGCUGUUUAAACGUAACCCUCGAGAGAGGCCCUCAGUCAGCAGCAUACUGGACAAACCUUUCCUUUUCUGUAGGAUAGAGAGGUUCCUCACACCGCAGAUUAUUGCUCAGGAAUUCCGCCAUACUUUCCUUCACAAGCAGCCUAAAAUGGGUGUGGCGCAGGUGCCAUCAGCUCAGAAGAUUACAAAACCAGCUGCCAAAUAUGGAGUGCCUUUAACUGUAAAGAAAGUUGUAGAUGGACCCAGAAGACCACCCUCAGAGAGGAAAAUGGUUGUAAAAAACAAACUGGCCCUACUCCCAGGAGCCCCUCUGAGAAGAGUGAGUCAAGUGGAAGAAGAGAGGAAAAAGUACGAGGAUGGCAUCAGAAAGAAAAGGAUGGAUCUGAUUGAAAAAGAGAGGAAACAGAGAGAACAGAUGUUCUUGUUGAAAGCAGAACAAAUGAAAAGAUGUGAGAAAGAAAAGAUAAAUCGAAUAAACCAAGCCCGAGAACAGGGAUGGAAGCAUGUCUUGAGUUCAAGUGGAGGCAGCAGCCCAGAAAGGAAGUGUUUUGUAGGGGGUGGUAUGAGGGCAGGUGGAGCUAUGCCGGUCCGAGGCCAUCUUCAAGGCCCUGCUCCAGCACCUGGGCCAAACAAAGGCCCUUAUGAACACUAUCAUGCUGCUUUGGACCAAAUGUCUAAAUCACAGCCUAAAGAGGGCAGCAAGGAUGGAAAAUCAGCAGGACAGGGAAGUCCAAUUAGAGGUGUACCAGCUGCUGCAGGUCCAGUGCUGCCCAGCAACCAAGCUGCUCACUUAAAUCCAGAUGCAAUAAGGAUGCACCUUCAGAGACUGCAGCAUGUUUCAAAACAAGUCCAUAUUAGCCGGCAGCGUGGCCAGAUGGGACCUGAACGGGCCUUUCAAGUUCAGGAGUUUUUACAGCGGAAGAAAGAAGCCAUGCUGAACAAAGUCCGUGCUGAGGGACAGCUGGGUACUCGACAAAAUCUGGCUGCCAUCUAUGGAAGCCGGACUGGUGUGCUUCGGUGCAGGCGACCCAGAGCCAACAAAGAGGAGGAGGAGUACUUGGCAAGACUCAGGCAGAUCCGCUUGCAGAACUUCAAUGAGCGUCAGCAGAUCAAAGCCCGACUCAGAGGAGCAAAGUAUGACAGCGAUGGCUCUGACAGCCAGGAGUCCAAUGAGGAGGCCGAGUCCAGGAGGAAGAAGAUAGAAGCUUUAAAAGCUCAGGCAAACACCCGAGCUGCUUUACUGAAAGAACAACUGGAGAAGAAGAGACGAGAAGCACACGAGAGAGAAAAGCGAGCCUGGGAGGAUCAUCUUGCAGCUCGAGGGGUGAAGGGUUUCCUGGCAGCAGGAGUUGCUGCCAUAGCAGAUUCAUCUCCCUCUGAUAGUCCACUUCCACAGCCCGUCCCCCCUCAGCCAGACCCGGCUUCCAAAGCUCCUGCCGUGCCUGCAUCCAAACUCUCCACACCAGCCAUAUCCAUGACUGGUGCCCUGAAGAACGUUGGCGCAGUCAGUCCUCUAAAAGAACACUUGAAUGAACCGCAGACCACUACAGUGAUCCAGAGUGAGAAAAAGCAGAUACUGCACAGACUUAAUCAGAACCUAAAAGCCCAGACCCCCGAAGAGGUGGCGGAGACUCCUCCAAUACCUUCAAAACCAAGUCCUGCUCCCCAGCAGACCCAGUCUGACGCUGAGAAAUGCCCUUCAAACGGAGAUCAGAAGAAGUGGGACGCAGCGGAGCCUUCUGCAAUUCCUGAAGCUCAGCAAACUUUAGACGAGACAUGUAAGACAAAAAUAACUUCUCCAGAAGACAGGCCGCCCUCUGGUGGGGACAGGAAGAAGUGGGAGGCAGGUAUUCCACUGAUUCUACCCAUGGCCCAACAGACUUUAGAGGGGACAUGUAACACAACCAUUGAUCAAACAGUGGGUGAAAUCACGCAGAUGGAAGUGCUGCAGGAAGAAGCUCCCAGGAAGGUGUGGGGAGCGAGUCCAGUGAGUCAGGUGCUGAAAGUGCUUCAGGAGGCUGAGCUUCAGCCUCUCACCGGUCAGCUGGAAACCGUCACCAUAUGUGAAGACAAAUUUUCCACUACUGAUAAGCCUGACCAGAAAACAGCAGCUGACAGCGGGAAAACACCUGCUGAAACAUCGGAUGUGGAUCAAAGCCUGGCUGCUGCAAAUCAGGGUCCAGCCCAGGAAAAGCCUGUGGCCGUUGAUCUGCUGCCACCUGAGCUGAGUGAGAUUCAGGAUCCAAAAGACCUGGAGUCUGUGGUUUUAGAGGAGAGUCCUAAACGAGCCUCACAUCCUCCAGCUGGCCUGCAGCGAGCCUGGGAGCAGGAAACCCAACCAAAAAUGCCACCAGAGGGCGACAAAAGCCCAACACCUGCCAGACAGGUUGAGAAGAGUGCAGAAAAACAGACCGAACCUUCUGGUUUAGCACAGUAUGAGGAGCCCCUGUUUAUGAAGUUGUGUUCACCGGCCCACCGACGUGCUGCCGCCCUCUCAAUCCUCUCUGCCCAGUCCUCCAUGGAUGACUCAUCCUCCUCUCUGGCCUCUCGAUCACGAUCCGUGUCACCUCUGCGUUCCAAGCAUCAGGAUGCCCUGCUCAUAGGUCUCUCUACAGGCAUGUUUGAUGCCAACAACAUCAAGAUGCUGCGGACGUGCUCUCUACCAGACCUUAGUCGAGUCUUUAACCCUGAACAGGACGCUGCAGUCACUAAUCAGACUAACGUUGCUGCAGACAACAACCUGGAAAUUGAAGACCUGGAGGAGACGGCUAAAGAUGAUGACCAGUCAGAGGCGGAGGAUGUAUAUGAAGAUGAAGAUCUGCGAGACAUCAGGGCCUCUAUGGAGAGAUUGCUGCAAGAAGAGGGCGGCAUGAUGAGGAGCCCUCCAGAAGCUGGAGCAGGAGACUUCAAUGGAAACCCUCCAGAGGAUGCAGACCAAGACCUUUUCAAUGAGAUCACAACUGAGAUCAAUCAGAACAGCAGUCAGAUGGCUGUAGAUGAUGACGAUGAUGACGAUGAAGAAGAUGAUGAUGAUGAUGAUGAAGAGGAUGAGGAGGAUGAGGAAUGCUCUAAUGGGAGUCCUGGUGAUGUGGAGGCAGAGGAGUUGCUUUCUAACGGUGUGGGAGAAGAGCAUCUCAGUAAUGGCAAGCACUUCAAUGAAGAAUGGCAUUCAGAUGGUAGUGGAGAGGACCAAGGCGGAGAAGCUGAGCAUUAUGACAGCAUCUUCAGUCGUCUGGAAGAGCUUCGCUUCAACCUGGAGCAGCAGAUGGGUUUUGAGAAGUUCAUUGAAGCCUACAAUAAGAUUAAGGCUAUUCAUGAAGAUGAAGAUGAGAGUAUUGAGCUGGGCUCAAGUUUGGUCUUUAGCAUUUUGGGAACUGAACACCAGCAUCUGUACUCCAACAUCCUUCACCUAGUGAUGGCAGAUGGUGCAUAUCAAGAAGACAAUGAUGAAUAAUGUUAUGUGCAAUGGAGUUGCUGGAAGUCUGCCAGCCAUCUGAUGUCUUCCUACAAUACGCAUCAUCGCCAGAGGGAUCUAUGCAUGUGUGGAAGCGCCCCAUCUAACAGUGUUUCAGGCACACGUGCAUGAUGUAUAACUGAAGCACUGCAGACACUAUAAUUCAAUCUUUGACUAUCAGCACCUGGCACUCUUUUCUAACCAGUGUUAAAUAAGAAGGGCAUUAUGUGAUAUGUGUUCUUGGUAACCAAAGUCCAUUUCAAAUGUCUGUAAAUGUUUGUUGAAGUCUUUGUCUGCAAACAAAUGGCACAUGUACGUAUCGUCACUUUUAUUAAUAGUGUAAACAGUUUUGGUUCUCUUUGUCAUUGGUUCACUUCAACCAGUUUUAUUACAGCAAGUAAAGAUCUGGUCUUCUCAGGUGCUUUCUUCCGACGCUCAACCACAACGUCUGGAGAUAGACCUCUACGUACAUAAACCAGGACUUACUCAACCAGUUGAACCUCAUUUUCUUACAAGAGUUUUCAUCAAACAGGAAGUUCAAUAUUAUCUAAUACAUUUUUUCCACAUUUCUUACUCUUUGAGUUAACCCAAACUGAGUGAACGCUUUAGUGUGUGAGAUUGUUGUAUGUUGCCAUGGUCCUGUAGCAAGAGUGGCUAGUGGGCCGGGCCAGACCAGACUUAAACUGAGCGUUACCUUAUGAUAUAACCAGAAAUAAUAAAGGCACCAGUAGUUGUUUGGAUUUAAUUUAAAAAUUGUACAUAUUUUUAUAAAAUAAAAACUUUU